CCUCCCGCCCGCGCGCCACUCUCUACAGCCACAAGUUCCUGUUCCACUCCUAACGCCCUCGCCGCCGGCCGCCGUGGGAUCCAUCCAGCGACACCACAUGGAUCCCCUCUCCCUCCUCACCCUCCCGCGCGCGCGCCCUUCGCUCCCGCUCCGCACCAACGCCGCCAGAGCACCACCAUCCGCCGCCCGCCUCGCGCCGGCGCGCCGGUGGCGGCGCCAGCGCGCGCGGCUGUCGUCGCCGGUCUCGGCCGUGGCGGCGGAGGCGCCGCCGUCGCCGUCUCCGUCCGGCGGUGGGGAAGAAGACCCCGAGGGGCGGUUCGACUGGCUGGACCAGUGGUACCCGUUCGCCCCGGUGUGCGACCUGGACCCCGGCGCGCCGCACGGCAAGACGGUGCUGGGCCUCCGCGUGGUCGCCUGGUACGACCGCGCCGUCGACGAGUGGCGCGUCUUCGACGACGCGUGCCCGCACCGCCUGGCGCCGCUCUCCGAGGGCCGGAUCGACGACAAGGGCCGCCUCCAGUGCGUCUACCACGGCUGGUGCUUCGACGGCCGCGGCUCCUGCCAGUUCAUCCCGCAGGCCCCCGCCCUCGGCCCACCCGUGCACAAGAACAGCAAGGCGUGCGUGGCGUCGUACCCGAGCGUGGUGCAGAACAACAUCCUCUGGUUCUACCCGAGGGCCGACGCCGAGCACCAGGACGUGCUGGAGAGGAAGCGCCCGCCGUUCAUCCCGGAGAUCGACGACCCCUCCUUCGUCACCGUCUACGGCAUCAGGGACCUCUCCUACGGAUACGAUGUGCUGGUGGAGAACCUCAUGGACCCUGCUCACGUCCCCUACGCGCACAAGGGGUUGAUGGGCAAGCUCCGCAAGAAGGAAGACCCCGGAAGAGUUGAGUUCGACAUAGAGGGUGGCGGGCCGAUGAAGAUGAAGAUCGAGGAGGCGAACGUGACCGGGUUCCUGUCGCCGCAGGAGAACGGCGGCUACUUCCGGUACGAAGCGCCGUGCACCUUCUACGGCUCACCGCUUCCCAGGGAGGCCAAGGGAGAGGAGAAGAAAAAGAAGAAGCCUCAGUUCAUGCUGGUAUUCAUGUGCAUUCCCGUGGCACCAGGGAAGAGCAGGGUGAUCUGGGCAUUCCCAAGGAACGUCGGCGUCUGGCUCGACAAGAUCAUACCGCGGUGGUACUACCACAUCGGCCAGAACGCCAUCUUGGACUCAGACAUUUACCUCCUCCACAUCGAGGAGCGCAACUUUGCUGCAGCCGGCGUUGAGAACUGGCAGAAAGCUGUGUACGUUCCCACGCAAUCGGACAACAUGGUUAUCGCCUUCCGAAACUGGUUCAGAAAGCACUGCAAGAGCCAGGUCGGAUGGGCUGCGCCAAUUGUCGAUCAGCUGCCGGCGACUACAACCAAGGACAAACUCAUGGAGAGGUACUGGUCACAUGUCGCGCAGUGCAGGAGCUGCAGCACGGCAUUGAAGGCCAUGAAGGCACUGGAGGUAGCCCUGCAGGUUGCGGCUGUCGCUGUUGUCGGGUUCCUCGCCGUCGCCAAGGGGACAUUGGUGACUUCGGUCGUACAUAAAACCGCCAUCGUGUCCUUAGCCGUCUUAUGCUUUGCAGCUUCCCGCUGGCUCGCGAACUUCAUCGAGAAGAACUUCUAUUUCCAGGAUUACGUCCAUGCUUACAAGUGAAGACACCCUGUGUCUUUCCCGUGAUAGGAUUUUGUAGCUUCUGACCCGAUGCGGCUUAGAAAGUGUACAUGAAGCACAUCACAUUAUUUGAUACCGAUAGUAGCUGUAUAUAAAGCAACCAUUCUUUUUA